AUGUCAAAGGACACUCUAGAGGCCAUCCGCUUUGAUAAAGAGAAUGUCACACUCGAUAUUCUUGACCAGCUUCUUCUUCCGUACGAAAGCAGGUACAUCAACAUCAAGUCCAUUCAGGAUGCUUUUGAAGCUAUCAAACUGAUGCAAGUUAGAGGUGCUCCAGCCAUCGCUAUUGUAGGAGCGUUUGCAAUCACUGUGGACACACACUUGUAUUUGAAGAGUGGAGAGACCCUGAAGACCGUUGCGGAUUUGCUUAACUCCAUUGACUAUUUGGUGACUUCCAGACCCACUGCAGUGAACCUUGCAAACGCUUGCAAUGAAAUUAAGGCUUUGCUCGUUUCCCAUUUUGAGAAAAGCGAUUUGGUGACUGAAAAAGUUUGGAAGUUGUUAUUUGACUACUCGGUGAGUUUACACGAAGAUGACUUGCGCAACAACUUCAAGAUUGGCGAGAAUGGACUUCGAUUCAUUUCGGAGACAUUAAAAGCGCAAAACUUCAAAGGGCCGUUCUCGAUUGUGACUGUCUGUAAUACUGGAUCUUUGGCCACAUCUGGUCACGGAACUGCUUUGGGUGUCAUCCGUACUGUGCAUGCGCAAUUGUCCAAAUCUGUGUCGAAUGAAGAAUUUUGGUUCGAACAUGUUUACCCAUUGGAAACACGUCCAUACAACCAGGGGGCAAAGUUGACGACUUACGAGUUACACUACGAGAAAAUUCCAUUCACCAUGAUAUGCGAUAACAUGGUAACAUCUUUGAUUUCUACUUUACACAAGAAGAAGAACAUAAAGGGAAGUGCGGCUCCGGUGAAAUUCAUCAUUACCGGCGCUGACAGAGUGGUGAAAAAUGGUGAUCUGGCAAACAAAAUUGGAACUUAUCAGUUAGCUGCGAUUGCAGAUUUUUUCAACUCUACCUUCACGAAGGAAGAAGACAAGAUUAAGUUCAUGGUUGCUGCUCCUAACACCACUAUCGACCUCAAAACUGAGACCGGUGAUGAAAUUGUUAUUGAAGAGAGACCAGCACACGAGCUCACAAGCUUGAAGGGCCCUGUCCUUCGUGAAGAUGGAUCUGUUGGAGAAAAAAUGACCGUUGGGAUUGCCACUCCUGGUAUCCAGGUUUGGAAUCCAGCGUUCGAUGUCGCACCAUACCAAUUAAUCGACUGUAUUGUGACGGAAGACGAGCCCUUCAAGAAAGUUGAUGGAAAGUUUUCCUUUUAG